GAAAAGUCAUCGAAGCAAAAAAAAAAACAUUUUUGUGCCAUUUGUGCUCUGUUCGUGGACGGAAAUUGACGCAGUUUGUGGGAAAAUAAGUGGAUAAUUUUACUCAAUUUCUUUUUCAUUUGCUGCCCCCGUGUUCAGUGAGUGAUUGUGCGAUUGAGUGAAAUGUUCACGAAGUAGUUGACUCUGUGAAGAAUCUUUCUUUUCUUUGGAUAAUUCCUUUCGUCAACCCACUUCUUUGCUGCAAUAGCACAAAUCCAAUUAGGAGAAAUCAACAGAUGAAAGAUGGAUCCACAUAUUGUUUGGGCACGUGAUAGUAUUGAGGGGUAUGUGAAGGGACGCAUUUCGGAAAUAGGCAGUCAUGAGGAAUUUGAGGUGCAACCAUUAGAUAGCAAAUUUCCAAAGCGUGUAUGCGCUGUCCAAGAUAUCUUUCCAUCGUGCGAGGGAGAACAAGAUCACGAUGAUAACUGUGAACUUAUGUUUCUGAAUGAGGCCACACUGUUAGACAACCUGAGGACGAGAUACUACAAAGAUAAAAUUUAUACAUACGUUGCGAAUAUACUAAUAGCUGUGAACCCAUAUAAGGAAAUUGGAGAUCUGUAUUCAUCAAGUACCAUUAAGAAAUACAAUGGGCGUUCAUUGGGCGAACUCCCACCGCAUGUCUAUGCCAUUGCUGAUAAAGCAAUACGAGAUAUGAAAGUGCUAAAAGUGUCACAGUCGAUAAUCGUUUCCGGUGAAUCUGGUGCAGGAAAGACUGAAUCAACGAAAUAUUUAUUGCGCUACUUGUGCGAUUCCGUAGCAGCGGCGGGGACUAUUGAGCAAAAAAUUCUCGAUGCCAAUCCCAUCUUGGAGGCAUUUGGUAAUGCAAAGACAACGCGAAAUAACAAUAGUUCGCGUUUUGGGAAAUUCAUUGAGGUGCAUUACGAUGGAAAGCAUACCGUAGUGGGUGGCCAUAUAUCCCACUAUUUGCUGGAGAAGAGUAGAAUAUGCACACAGAGUCCCGAUGAGCGCAAUUAUCAUGUAUUCUACAUGCUAUGUGCGGGUGCACCGCAGCAAUUGCGUGAAAAACUCUGUCUGGGCAAGCCUGAUGAUUACAAAUAUUUGAGUGGGUGUACGCAGUACUUUACAACAAGUACCACGGAUAAGAAGAUACCAGCAGCGUACAAGUCGAAAGAUCAUGCAAAACGUGGUGCACUGAAGGAUCCAAUUUUGGAUGAUUACGAGGACUUUGUGAAUCUUGAUCAAGCCCUUUCGCGCUUGGGACUGUCCGGGGAGGGUAGGCUUGAGAUUUACAAGCUUGUUGCCGGGGUACUGCACCUCGGCAAUAUCUCCUUUGAAGAUAAUCCCGAAGAUGCCAAAGGGGGAUGCAAAGUUUCACCAAGUUCCGAACAAUCACUCACCAUUACAUCCACCCUCAUCGGGGUGGAUCCAUCGGAAAUGCGUCAAGCACUCAUCUCUCGUGUGAUGCAGAGCAAAGGUGGUGGAGUUAAGGGGACUGUUAUCAUGGUCCCACUGAAAGUCUAUGAGGCAAAUAAUGCACGCGAUGCAUUGGCAAAGGCAUUGUAUAGUCGUCUAUUUGAUCAUAUAGUGUCAAUAAUCAAUUUGAGCAUCCCCUUCAAGGCGUCCAGCUUCUAUAUUGGUGUACUCGAUAUUGCGGGCUUUGAGUACUUCACGGUGAAUUCUUUUGAGCAAUUUUGCAUUAACUAUUGCAAUGAGAAAUUACAAAAGUUCUUCAAUGACAACAUCUUGGCCAAUGAGCAGGAGCUGUAUAAGCGCGAAGGACUCAAUGUGCCCCAAAUUAAAUUUACCGACAAUCAGGAUGUGAUUGAAUUGAUUGAAAAUAAGGCCAAUGGAAUUUUCAUGAUACUCGAUGAGGAAUCAAAAUUGCCCAAACCAUCAUUCUCGCACUUUACAACUGAGGUGCAUAGCUCAUGGCAGGGGCACUAUAGGCUCUCCUAUCCACGAUCGUCACGCCUAAAGGCACACAGGAGCCUUAGGGAUGAUGAGGGAUUCCUCGUGAGACAUUUUGCCGGUGCUGUGUGCUACAACACGAAUCAAUUUAUUGAGAAAAACAAUGACGCACUGCAUGCAUCGUUGGAAUUCCUUGUGCAAGAGUCCGAGAAUAAGCUCCUCAAUCGGCUCUUUGCAUCUGGAUCGUCGGCAUCCAAGGGGAAAUUGAGUUUCAUAUCGGUUGGAUCGAAAUUCAAGACACAGCUGAGUGAAUUGAUGGAGAAGUUGGAGAAGAAUGGUACGAACUUUAUACGGUGCAUCAAGCCAAAUAGCCGGAUGGUUGAUCAUGAAUUUGAGGGUAGUCUCUGUCUGGCGCAGCUAAAGUGCUCAGGUACAACGUCCGUGCUUGAGCUAAUGGAAUACGGCUACCCAUCACGUGUACCAUUUGGGGAGUUGCACAAAAUGUACAAAUCCUACUUGCCACCAGAACUUGCCAAACUCAGUGCACGUACCUUCUGCGAGGCAAUGCUGCAUUCGCUUAAAUUGCACGAUAAAGAUUUCAAAUUUGGCAUCACGAAGGUCUUCUUUCGACCAGGAAAAUUUGUCGAAUUUGAUCGUAUAAUGCGAUCAGAUCCGGAAAAUUUAAAGGCAAUUGUGGCAAAUGUGAAGAAAUGGUUGGUACGAUCGCGAUGGAUAAAAUCAGCAUUCUGUGCCAUUUGUGUAAUAAAGCUGAAGAAUCGCAUUAUUUACCGCAACAAGUGCGUCCUCGUUAUGCAGAAAGUCAUUCGGGGUUACCUGGCGCGCAAGAAGCAUCAGCCACGGUUCAGGGGAUUGCAAAAAAUUCGUGCAAUCAAGACGAAUCUAAUCAAAAUGGAAGAAGUUGCUAAUCAAUUGAAGAAGGAGAAGGAUGUGAUGCUGAAUCAAGUGAAAACUCUCUACGGAGCCAUCGAUGAGGCAACGAAGAAGAUCAAAACGAAUCAAUCGAUCACACCGAAGCAAAUUGAUGAGCUCUACGAGGGUCUCAUGAAGAAGAUCGAUCAAAAUACAUCGCUGCUCAAGACGAAAUUGCUCGAGCAGAAAAAUGCCGAAGAGCAGGAACGUCUACGGAAGAUUCAAAUUGCCCUGGAGGCUGAGAGGAAGGCAAAGGAGGAGGAGGAGAGGAAACGACGGGAAGAGGAAGAGAAUAGGAAGAAAAAAGCCGAAAUGGAAGCAAAGAGGAAGGCAGAAGAAGCCGCUCGGCUGCGUCAGGAGGAAUUGGAUCGCAAAACAGCGGAAGCACUGCAGAAGCAACUCCACGAGGAGGCACUGCGAGACAGCAAAUACCGCGAACAGCUGGAACAGGAGAGACGUGAUCAUGAGUUGGCCACACGACUUGCCAGUGAAUCCAAUGGUCAGGUGGAUGAUAGUCCUCCACUUAUUCGCAAUGUUCCACACGAAGUGUCGUCUUUGGGUAAUCCAAACAGAUUGAUCAGAUCAGAGAAUAUUCGUGCUCAGCAGCAAUUGAUUGGGAAGCAAAAGCAUGAUUUAUCAAAAUGGAAAUAUUCCGAAUUACGUGAUGCAAUUAAUACAUCGUGUGACAUUGAACUCCUAGAGGCUUGCCGUCACGAAUUCCAUCGACGUCUGAAAGUUUAUCACGCUUGGAAGGCAAAGAAUCGCAAUAAGAGGUCAACAAUGGAUGAAAAUGAAAGGGCACCAAAGAGUGUUAUGGAGGCUGCGGCGAAAGCUUCAACGAGGAUUCAACCACGUCAGGAAAUUAAUUCAACCACAUCAGUCCACCGAUACUUUCGUAUUCCAUUUGUGCGACCAAAUGACACGAAUGAUCCAGGAAAGAAAGGUUGGUGGUAUGCUCACUUUGACGGGCAGUAUGUAGCACGUCAGAUGGAAUUGCACGUGGAUAAGCAGCCAAUUCUCCUUGUGGCUGGUAUUGAUGACAUGCAAAUGUGCGAAUUGAGCCUGGAUGAGACGGGAUUGACGAGGAAGCGUGGCGCUGAAAUUCUCGAGCACGAAUUUAAUCGCGAAUGGGAGAGAAAUGGCGGGAAGGCGUAUCGUAAAAUUGCCAAUUAAUAAUUUUAGAAAGACAAUAAUUCUAUGACUUUUCUUGCAAUUAUCUUUGAGUUUUUUUUUUAAUUUUAUUUCCAAAAAAAAAUAGAAUUUCGAGUUAAAGCGAGCAUGCACCCCAGUUAAUUAGGUUUUGAUCCAAGAGGUGAUUUUAUUUAAAAUUUCUUUUCACGUUUCUUUUCAAAAAGAAUUUUAAAAUUAAUAAAAAAUAAACAAUAAUUAUUGUAAAGUAUUUUUAAAGAAAAUAUCAGUAUUUUCUCUUCAGCAUUGUUGAUGAAAAAAUGAGUCCAAAAAUUCCGCGAAAAGAAUUAAAAUUAGUAUUAAAAAAAUCAAACUUUCCGUAAAAAAUAGUGCCUUUAAUAAGACGAAGAAAUUCCCAAAAGAUUUAGAUUAGACUGUUAUGAGGCACAUUCCGAGAUUUUCGAUAUUACAAUUCCAAGAGCUAAUAUAGAGGAAGCAAAAAAAAAAAAAAGAAAUUUUAUUAUAAAGUUUUAAAUAAUAUUUAUGUUCAAUUAGAAUGAAAGCUAUAUAUUAGAUUUAUUUUUUUUAGAAUAUAAUGAAAGAGUUGCUUGAAUUCUAUUUAAUGCGAUUGAAAGACUACGUAAAAAAAUGUUUUUUCCCAUAUUGUCACACACUUAAUAUUAAAAAAAAGUAUUAAUUAUUAAGAAAAAAAAGGUGGAAGAUAUUUUAUUAGAAUUCUAUUGUAUUUAAGAUGUUAAUUAUACACGCAUAUUAAGAAUAAAAAAAAAUAUAUCAAAA